AUGGCCACAAAUUCGACCCCAAUUAAUUCUAUCAUCAUCGAACUCAAUCCAUGGGAUUUGCAGCUGCUUCAAUGCACGCUCUCCCGCACACUCGACUAUUUUCUUCCGCUCGCCGGGCGCCUCGGCACCACAGCAACCAGCGAUGGCACGACAUCGUUUCAUAUCAUCUGCAGCAACACCGGAGCUGAGUUCACCCACGCCGUCGCCGGCAACGUGUACAUUUCCGAACUGUUGGAGCCCAAAUACUUACCGGACGCGAUCUACUCCCUUUUCCCACUCAAAGAAGUUAUGAACUCAGACGGGGUUUCGAUGGCCGUUCUUCCUCCAUUACAGCAGAAUGAAUUGGAUAAGUUUGUUCCUCCUACAGUGCUCCGAAGGUUUUUCCAUUUCAGUAAACAAACAGUGUCUGAGCUCAAAGCCAAGGCCAAUGAAGAAGCAGGGAUGGACAGCAUCUCAUCCCUGCAAGCAGUCUCUGCUUAUUUAUGGCAGGGCGUCACACGCGCCCGGAAUCGCAAAAAAAUCAAGAAAGGAUGCAACGACCAAGAAGGCCGGGAUGUCAGCUUCGCAUUUCAUGUGGCUAUGGUGGUGCAAAUGGUUUGUAAAGAGGCGGAGAUAUUGGAGAAUGGAUUAGGAUACGCAGCGCGAAAGAUUAAUGAUUCGGUGGCUCGGCAAAGCCGGGAUACAGAGAUCAAAUUUGUUCAAGAUUGGGUGAAAAAUCCAGCAUUGGUUAAAAAGAUUGCAGUUCCAACUUUUUUGGUGGGAAGUUCGCCGUGGCACAAUGUGUAUGGCUGCGACUUUGGAUGGGGGAAGCCGGUUGCCGUGGGAAGUGGGAUGGGACAAAAUUUUGACGGGAAGAUGAUUGUUUACCCGACGCCGGAGCCUGGUUGGGUGGACGUUGAAGUUUGGUUGGCGCCGGAGACUUUGAUAGCUAUGGAUGAAGAUGAAGAGUUCAUGGAACCUUUCAUGGUUUGA